CGGAGUACAAUUUACAACAAAAUUACAAUUAUCAAGAUUUCUUUACUAUAUCAACUACCAUAUUGGAAGUCUAAAUCACAUGUUCGUACUACUCAUUGCGAACUCCAAUUUUUUUUAUUUUUAUUCUUUUUCCUCACAUGUUCUUACUACUCAUUGCGAACUACAAUUUUUUUAUUUUUAUUUUUAUUUUUUUCCCUUAAUCUCAUACCCGGAUAGUUUUUAGUAACAAUAAUUACCCAACCGCGGUAGCCUCAUCGCGAACUACAUUUCUGUGUAUUCUAUCCGACGCACAGGCUUAACAACCGGUAACCAAAAAAGGUCACACUUUCACCCCAUGUCCUCCCUCACCCCCAAACCCCUCAAAAAAAAAACCUAAGCCUCUAAUAAACUCUCCCUUCUCACGCAAACACAUCGACAUUGGCUCCUCAUUUUUCCAGCCUUCUUCAACCUUUACACUUCGAUCUUUCACCUCUUUCUCUCACUCUCUCUCCUCCCCACUUUCCCUCUCCUCCUUCCGCCGUCGCCGCCGCAGUCGAACUGCGGCUGAGCCGUCGCAAAUACCGGAACUUUGUCGAUGAUCAACGUAUACUUUUUGGAAGAUCAGUUGAAUCCGAGUUGCCAAUUUCUGCCAUUAAAAGCCCUUUUCUUUGCUCUCUCUUAAAUUCCCUGCUUUUUUUCAUGUCUUCUUUUAUAACCCUUUAUUAUAGUAUUCUAAUUACCCAUUCUCUUACUCAUAGUACAUUCAGUCCAGUUUUUUCUGUGCAUCAUGAACAAUUCUGAGAUGAUUUUGUUUGGAUCUUUUACUGAAGAAGAGUUAAGGUCGAUAAACAAUAAACCAUCUGAGAAUUCUAAAAUACCUCCACGCAAAGAAGAACUCCAGUUUGGUUCAUUGUCUUUGGUGACAGGAGCAUUCUUGAGCAGUGAAAAUGGUGAAACUGGAACUAAGCUACCUUCUUCUGUGAAAUCAUCUGAUUCUGUCAAGAAAGUUGAUGGUCCCGUGCAUUUAAAUGACGUUGUUCCAGUAUCUAGAGCCGUCUUAAAAGAAAAUGGAAGCAUCCAUAGUUCUGAACAUUCUCACCCACUGGCUAAUGGCCUAAAACAAAUCAAAGGUGGAAGUCAUGAUCUAGCUUCUGCAUGCCUCACAAAUAAUGAUGCAACUGUUUCUUCACAACAAUUCUUAAGUUCAUCUCAAGGUUGUCAGGAUAUUAGGUUGAAGGAGAGAUAUUCUAAUGGUGUUCAUGAUGCAUCACUAAAGUCUGUCCCUUUGAAAGAUGACCUGAAAAAAGCUGCUAAUGGUAGCAUAGCUACCACUUGUGACUUGCUUCCCAGGGGCUUGAUCAAUGCUGGGAAUUUAUGUUUCCUUAAUGCGACUUUGCAAGCACUUUUAUCCUGCUCCCCUUUUCUGAAGCUUUUGCAGGAACUUCGAACUCGUGAUAUCCCGAAGGUUGAUUAUCCAACAUUGAUCGCAUUCGUGGAUUUUGUAUCGGAGUUUGACAUACCUCAUGGCUCAAGUUCAAAGACAAGAGAUCCAAAUAUUGUUGAUACUGGCAGGCCUUUUAGCCCUGCGAUGUUUGAAGAUGUGGUGAAAAAUUUUACUCCAGACGUGCCAAGUGGUUUCUCUGGCAGGACAAGGCAAGAAGAUGCUCAAGAGUUUUUGAGCUUUGUCAUGGACCAAAUGCAUGAUGAACUACUUAAGCUUGGUGGGCAAAAUUCUGGCAUGGCUGCACGGAAGUCUUUACUGGUAUCAUCAUCAGAAGAUGAUGAAUGGGAAACUGUUGGUCCUAAAAAUAAGUCUGCAGUGACAAGAACUCAAAGCUUUGUUCCAUCAGAACUAAGUGCAAUUUUUGGCGGACAAUUGAAGAGUGUUGUGAAGGCAAAGGGAAACAAAGCCUCUGCUACAAUUCAGCCAUAUCUCUUGCUUCAUCUUGAUAUUUUUCCUGAGGCUGUCCACACGAUAGAGGAUGCACUUCGCCAGUUUUGUGCACAAGAAGCACUCGAAGGUUACCGAGCUUCAAACACUGGGAAGGCUGGAUUGGUGACAGCUAGCAAAUCUGUCAAAAUACAAACCCUGUCUAAGAUUAUGAUAUUGCACCUGAUGCGCUUCAGCUAUGGGAGUCAAGGGAGUACGAAAUUGCACAAGCCUGUUCAUUUUCCCCUUGAGUUGGUUUUAAGCUCACAACUCCUUGUGUCACCUACAACUGAGGGUAGGAAAUAUAAACUUGUGGCUACAAUUACUCAUCAUGGGAGGGACCCUUCGAAGGGGCAUUAUACAGCUGAUGCUUGUUAUCCUGAUGGGCAAUGGAUACGAUUUGACGAUGCAUCUGUCACUCCAGUACCAACUAGCAAGGUUUUACAUGACCAGGCCUACGUACUUUUCUACAAGCAAGUAUAGAUCACAAGUUCAUAGAAAUUCAUCCUUGGUGAAGUCUGAGAUUACUUGAUCUCGGCCUGGACCAUCUUGUGUGAAAUGUGAAGCUGUUUUGCCUACGCUGUUGAGGUUAGGUUAGUUACUUUCUUCCGUGCAUCUGUUUUGUCCUCACCUCCAUGCAACACAGAGGGGGUACUAAUUACAUGAAAUAAUUUUUUAUCUCAAUAUUGAUAGUGAUAGCUUUGUCAGAAAAGUGGGUGAUGACGAAAUUAAGAGAGAGAGAGAGAGAGAGAGAGAGAGGGGGGGGGGGGGGAGCGGGGAAGGGGAUGGUUGGUUUGCAACAAUUGAUGCUAAUAGAGUAAUAGGGUUUCGUAUUUCUGUAUCUUGUGAAGAAUGUUACUUGUAAGUUCUCUGGUAAUUUAUGAUGAGAAGUUCUGAAAGGCUAAAAGAUUCUUUAUAGAGUCCUUGACUCCUUGUCACUCUUUGAUUUUUCUGUGAAAAAAAAAGAGCUUGAAAUAGGUUUGCUUCUUUUCUUUUUUUUAUUUUUUUAUUUUUUUGGGAAAAAGAAUUUUUAUUUUUGCAAGGAUUUGUCAGCUUUAGGCCUUAAUACUGUUCUUCAAUUAAAAUAGUUUUUGUUAGCCAAAAUUCUAGUAGUCUGUGAAAAUCGGUAUUUUGCCUGUGAGAAUAGCAGGAUAACACCAGUAUUAACAAAAUUCAAUUUUAGAUAGUAAAAAAAAAUUAAGUAAAUAAUAAAAAUUGUAUACUUGUAUUUAUAUUAUAUGUCGAGUUAGUAUAAUCCAUUCUGACACAAAUUAGUAUUGGCCGAUUACUUUGAGCUAUUAUUUUUAUUGGUUCGAAUAAGCCACAAGAACAUUGCUCUCUACAAAUGGUCAGGGAUAGUAUGUAGUCGCUCAGUGUUUGCAAUUAGGCUAAUACCUUAAUUGUUAUAGUUUUAUGUUGAACUGUUAUCUCUGUAAUCCCUAACAACAAUAAACAUUCGUAUGAGAAAUUAGUUUUCUUUGAUUUCA